AUGGAAAUCUCCGAUGACAAGGAUAAGGCUGAACACCUCUCUCAGUUUUCCCGGUCCGUCGUGACAAGUGAACCUGAUUUUCUCUCUUCCAUUUGUGAAGACGAAGAAAAGCCUACCCUUGAAGCCGUAUUCUUUACCGAAGCAAUUGUUCGGAACGAGUUACUUAAUCUGAAAGAAUCGACCUCCCCAGGCCCUGAUGCAAUCCCCGCCAAGCUGCUGAAGGAGCUAGCUCCCGAAAUGUCCAAGCCAUUAGCCUUGAUCUUCCAAACAUAA